AUGAUGUACCCUGGUACUCGUGGGCCUUCGUCUAGAGUGGCAGUCGACCUCGGACAGACGGACGGAACUAUUGACGAUGGCUGGCCUACAAACGAGCCAAACCAAUUGCCUCCACCUGGGCGUCCACAACCUAUGAAUGCUCCAAGGGUGCGAUCAUAUUGGCGUCGGCGAUACGACCAGUGGGCCCGCGACGACGACGAAACCAGAACUAGAAAAGCUUAUGCCCCCGGUACAAUUGCGACGCUCCCGAUGUCCAUGCAGAUUGCAUUUCGGCGCAAGAUGCUGUCAAUCUUUGCGCUCCAGCUAAUGCUACUUACAGCUCUUGUGGCUUCGCUAACGUACAAUUCCACCUUGAGCGAGUGGACACGCAGCACGUUCAAGAGAACUACUGACCUUGUGGGACCUCUGAUCGGUUCAAUUGCUGCUCUUGGUGGCGUAUAUUUCGUGCGCACUCGCUUCCCAUUGAAUUGGGUCAUGGUCGCAGCUUUCAGCGUCGUGCUGAGUCUUUUGGUGGCAGGUGUUCAGACUUGGCUGGAUACACCCGCCGGGUUAUUUUGCUGCGGCUUCACGUUUGUGACUGUGUGCGUCAUGAUCGUGCUUUCAAGUCUUUCAUAUCGAUACCAUGGGGAUGCAAUUCCUUCAGGUCCAAGUGCUGGCUUACAGCCCGAUACGGACGGUGAAGUGGUGCUUCGCUCGUCGUUAGUUUCAGGCUGUAUAGCCUUCGCGAUUUCCGCAAUCAUUUCGGGCAUUCUUUAUGGUAUUCUAGGUGACAGCGACGAUUUUGUAUCGCUCCGAGCAUUGGGAUAUUCAUUGGCAUUGGAGUUGGUACUUAUCGUGUGGUUCUCCUAUGACGCCAGUAGCAUGUACAGCAUUAUGACGCCGGACGAGUACAUGAGCGGAGUCGUGUACUUCUACGUGGACCUUAUAGUGCUCACGUGUGCCGCCUUCUUCCUCGCCGGCAUCAUGUUUGUAGCUGCCAUGUUUUGCCCCACUGCAAGCUUUGGCUACUGCAACUGCAACGGAUGCUUGUGUUUUAGUCGAGCACGACAGGAAGAAGAGAAUAACGACGCAGGCGUGAUUCCGUACGACGUCGACGAAGACAGAACCAUUUCUUACGGUGCAGUCGAGACCGCUCGAGACAUAGAACGUGGAUAG